AUGAUUGACGAAAAUCUGGUACGGUAUUUGGCAGAAAACCAUCGUGAGUUGCUGGCCCUCCCGGUUUCGGGCCAGCUUCGAAGGAUAUUCCCCUUGUACGUGAUGGAUUGCAAGAUGAGGGAUCAAGACACUACGGGAUAUGUGUUUGAAAGGUUUGUGCGGAAUGUGGAAGCCAUUUGUGACGUUGCACCAGGUUCGUUGGUGUUCACAGAAGACCAUUGGGCUGUUAAAGAGACUGCAGAGUUGGAAUUUGUGCAUCAAGCACAGCUGCAGUGCCUUCUUAACGUUCUUAGCGGUAGCCAGGCCAAAGUAAAGCCCGGGAGAUCUGCAGGUGACGAGCCUGCAGGGCUUCUUGACAAGCUUCUGCGGUUGGUGGAUCAAGACAGCGGAGAAGGACUGAGUCACCACAGACUCUUAGACCAGUUGCAACAUUGCUUGAACAUUGAGCCUGCCUCUGUAAUGCUGGGCAAGGAGAGGGCUCGGAAAACAGUGCAGAUGGCACAAUACGUUCCUGUUUGUGCAGACCGUCGACAUGGUAUGCUUCUUUCCAGCGCCGUGACUGUAGUGAAUAAUAAGAUCACGUCAGUGCAAUCGGUCAAACUAUCCAAGGCGGAUGGACAUUGUCCUAGCCUCAUGGACUGCCUGAGAAGUAAAAUACAUUAUGUGCCUUAUUUGAGACCUCAGACGGAUAUGAACCUCGGCGAUUGUUCUUAUUUGGAUACUUGCCACAAGCUAAACACAUGUCGUUAUGUGCACUACCUGCAGUAUUUUCCAGAGUCCCUGAAAGUGAAAGUAGGCGUUGCUACGGAGGAAAUCAACAAGCAGAUCAAGCUUCAGGUCGGUGUUCCCUUCUACACUCACGGUAACUGCAGCGCUGACGCGAUUAAAGUCGAAACACCUCGGCAGUGGAUUCAAUGCGACGUUAGAAAGUUUGAUUUUAGUAUCUUGGGAAAAUUCUCCGCAGUGGUAGCAGAUCCAGCCUGGAACAUUCAUAUGAAUCUUCCCUACGGAACAUGCAACGAUGUUGAACUGCUGGACUUGCCCCUCAAUCAGUUGCAAGAAGAAGGCUUGCUCUUUUUGUGGGUUACCGGACGGGCAAUUGAACUAGGAAAAGAAUCAUUGCAGAAGUGGGGCUACCAGGUAAUUCAUGAGAUUGCAUGGAUAAAGACUAACCAAUUGAAUCGCACUAUAGUAACCGGACGGACUGGUCACUGGCUGAAUCACUCGAAAGAGCAUUUACUAGUCGGGCUCAAGGGCAAGCCGCAGUGGCUUAAUAAGCGCUUGGACACGGACUUGAUCGUUUCAUCAACCAGAGAGACGAGCAGAAAGCCCGAUGAGCUGUAUGGAUUAAUAGAGAGGCUAGUCGGACAACACGCUAGGAAGCUUGAGAUUUUCGGUAGAGAUCACAACUUGAGACCAGGCUGGUUUACAAUAGGCAACCAGCUGACGGGAACAAAUAUCCAUGAGCCAGACGUUAAGAAAAGGUACGAGAAGUUUCUCCAAAGUCAAUUGAGCGAAAGACAAGCAGUUGCAAGCUAUUCAAACAGGCCCAAAACGCUAAAAAACGGCGAACAGACAGCACACAGAAGGACCAAAGCGACGAAUACAAGGCACUAG